GCGAGAGUCAGGUCUGAGGGUAGGGGGCAGAGUCGCCCGCAAGGCCGGCCUAGGGAUAGCGGUGCUGGGGUUCCCCCCCGGUCGCCCGCAGCUCCCAGUCCAGCUCCGCCCACAGACUCGGAUGGCGACCGCACUGAGGGACCCGGCUCCGGGAAGUGUGACCUUUGAAGAUGUGGCCGUGUACUUCUCCUGGGAGGAAUGGGAUCUCCUUGAUGAGUCUCAGAAACACCUGUACUUCGAUGUGAUGCUGGAGAACUUUGCACUUACGUCCUCCCUGGGACUUACAUCAUCCUGGUGUCAUGUAGUUGCUCAACUAGGGCUAGGGGAAGUGCCCUCUGUUCUUCACAGGAUGUUCAUGACUCCAGCCUCAGCAAGAUGGGAUCAGAGAGGGCCUGGCCUACAUGAAUGGCACUUGGGAAAAGGCAUGUCAUUAGGUUGUUGGCGUGGAGUGGAACAUGAGGAAACACCUUCUGAACAGAGAAUUUCUGUAGAAAGAGUGCCACAGUUCAGGACUUCCAAAGAAGGUUCAUCUUCCCAGAAUGCUGACUCCUGUGAAAUAUGUGGCCUGGUCUUGAGAGGUAUUUUGCACUUAGCUGAACACCAAGGAACAAACUGUGGGCAGAAACUACACACAUGUGGAAAACAGUUCUACAUCAGUGCAAAUCUUCAACAGCACCAGAGGCAGCACAUUAAAGAGGCACCUUUCAGAAGUUAUGUGGACAUGGCCUCAUUUACACAGAGCUGCAUAGUCCAUGUGUCGGAGAAGCCCUUUACCUGCAGGGAGAUCAGGAAAGACUUCCUGGCCAACAUGAGGUUUCUCCAUCAAGAGGCCACUCAAACAGGGGAGAAGCCAAAUAACAGUAACAAGUGUGCGGUAGUCUUUUACAGUGGAAAAAGUCAUCACAACUGGGGAAAAUGCAGUAAAGCCUUUAGCCACACAGACACACUUGUUCAGGACCAGAGAAUCCUCACUAGAGAAGGGCUUUUUGAGUGCAGUAAAUGUGGGAAAGCAUGUACACGAAGAUGUAACCUCAUUCAGCACCAGAAAGUCCACAGUGAAGAAAGGCCUUAUGAAUGCAAUGAAUGUGGAAAAUUCUUUACUUACUACUCCAGUUUCAUUAUACAUCAGAGAGUUCAUACUGGAGAAAGGCCUUAUGAGUGCCCUGAAUGUGGGAAAUCCUUUAGUCAGAUAUACAGCCUCAAUAGCCAUAGGAAAGUUCACACUGGAGAAAGGCCUUAUGAAUGUGGGGAAUGUGGGAAAUCUUUUAGCCAAAGGUCCAACCUCAUGCAGCAUCGCAGAGUUCACACUGGAGAAAGGCCUUAUGAAUGCAGCGAAUGUGGGAAAUCUUUUAGCCAAAACUUCAGCCUGAUUUACCACCAGAGAGUUCACACUGGAGAAAGACCUCAUGAGUGCAGUGAAUGUGGAAAAUCCUUUAGCCGAAGCUCCAGCCUCAUUCACCACCGGAGACUUCACACUGGAGAAAGACCCUAUGAAUGCAGUAAAUGUGGGAAAUCAUUUAAGCAAAGCUCCAGCUUCAGUUCACAUCGAAAAGUCCACACAGGGGAAAGGCCUUAUGUGUGUGGGGAAUGUGGGAAAUCCUUUAGCCAUAGCUCCAACCUUAAGAACCACCAGAGAGUUCACACUGGAGAAAGGCCUGUUGAGUGCAGUGAAUGUAGCAAAUCCUUUAGCUGUAAAUCUAACCUCAUUAAACACCUGAGAGUUCACACUGGAGAAAGGCCUUAUGAGUGCAGUGAAUGUGGGAAAUCCUUUAGCCAAAGUUCUAGCCUCAUUCAACACCGGAGAGUUCACACUGGAAAAAGGCCUUACCAGUGCAGUCAAUGUGGGAAAUCCUUUGGCUGCAAAUCUGUCCUCAUUCAACACCAGAGAGUUCACAUUGGAGAAAAGCCUUAGCUGUACUGAGAAUAUGCAAUUUCCUUUUAGUGUAAUUAUACUGAAGGAGUACACCUGUGAGAGAGACAAGUACCUGAUUUGGAAGCCCCAACAUCUAAGGAUAUACAGUGGGUGGAUUCCCCUUAAGUUCCAGGUAUGUGUUACACUUUCUAACGUGCCAUUUAGAAAGUGUUAGACUUUCUCACCUGCCGUUUAUGGCUCUUGACAUUUAUGUCACUGACAGUUUCUGAGGCAGAAGCCGUAUCACGUCUACCACCUGUGAGGUCCACACUGUGCAUCGUUUACCUCCUGAACCUGCUCAUGGAAGCAGACCUCUGUUUCUCCCCAUUUGCUAGAAGAAAUCAUGAAUAGUCUGAGUCUCCCUCUCUGACAAGUUAGGGCAUGGACUUGACCCAGCUUUUUGCCAGAGGACCCAAUAUGAGUGUUGUUGGCAGCUUGCCAAGAAGGACUAUCUUUUUCAAGACAUGUUGGUUUCAUGUGACACCUCUAUGGAUUUUUUCCAGCCUCUAAGUCACCAACGUGGGAACUGCUUGCCUCACGUUGCUUUGUUUUUUACAAUAAUAAAGGCAUUAUUAUUUAAGCUA